CUCGGACAACCUUGCCUUUAGGGAGCCUCGGUCUCCACAGCCGACUUUCCACUGCUCCCUCAGCCACCUGAUAUCAGUCGGGAUGCUCAAAAGACUUGUGAAUCGGGCGAGGAGGGUUGCAGCCGAGUUUUCAGGUCAUGUAGAGUCACUUCCGGUCGCAGACUCCCUCCCCCGGAAGCGGGGCCUGAUGUAAACACCGGAGCCGGGCACCAAGGCCCGGGAGGUCAGAAAGCCGGGCCGCGGGCGGCACCGACAGCGAGGCCCGGGGUCAGGAACACACGGAGGUCAGGGGAACAAUCCUGAACAAUGACUCAGCAGCCUCUUCGAGGGGUGACCAGCCUGCGCUUCAACCAAGACCAAAGCAUUCUGGAUUCCUUCCAUCCCCAGGCUGUUUUUGCUGUGCCAUGGAGACAGGCGUGCGCAUCUACAAUGUGGAACCACUGAUGGAGAAGGGGCAUUUGGACCACGAGCAGGUGGGCAGCAUGGGCCUGGUAGAGAUGCUGCACCGUUCCAACCUGCUGGCCCUGGUGGGCGGUGGUAGCAGCCCCAAGUUCUCAGAGAUCUCAGCAGUGCUGAUCUGGGAUGAUGCCCGGGAGGGCAAGGACUCCAAGGACAAGCUGGUGCUGGAGUUCACCUUCACCAAGCCAGUGCUGGCUGUGCGCAUGCGCCAUGACAAGAUUGUGAUUGUGCUGAGGAACCGCAUCUACGUGUACUCCUUUCCUGACAAUCCCCGAAAACUAUUUGAGUUUGACACCCGAGACAACCCCAAGGGGCUCUGUGACCUCUGUCCCAGCCUGGAGAAGCAACUGCUUGUAUUCCCAGGACACAAGUGUGGAAGUCUGCAACUUGUGGACCUGGCAAGCACAAAGCCUGGCACCUCAUCUGCUCCCUUCACCAUCAAUGCACAUCAGAGUGAUGUGGCCUGUGUGUCUCUGAACCAGCCAGGCACUGUAGUGGCCUCGGCCUCCCAGAAGGGUACCCUUAUUCGCCUUUUUGACACCCAGUCCAAGGAAAAACUGGUAGAGCUGCGCCGAGGCACUGACCCUGCCACCCUAUACUGCAUUAACUUCAGCCACGACUCCUCCUUCCUCUGCGCUUCCAGUGAUAAGGGCACUGUCCAUAUCUUUGCUCUCAAGGAUACCCGCCUCAACCGUCGCUCCGCGCUGGCUCGUGUGGGCAAGGUGGGGCCUAUGAUUGGACAGUACGUGGACUCUCAGUGGAGCCUGGCAAGCUUUACUGUGCCUGCCGAGUCAGCAUGCAUCUGCGCCUUUGGUCGCAAUACUUCCAAGAAUGUCAACUCUGUAAUUGCCAUCUGCGUAGAUGGGACCUUCCACAAAUAUGUCUUCACUCCUGAUGGAAACUGCAACAGAGAGGCUUUCGACGUGUACCUUGACAUCUGUGAUGAUGAUGAUUUUUAAGGACCCUGGGGGAUGCGCUAGGAACCUGCAGUGACAGAUUAUAGAACUGAGCCUUGAGGGUGGGGAAGUGCUGUGGAAUCAAUCCACCAACCAGCAAGCAUUAAUGAGGCCUGUGCCACUCUCCAUUCAGCAGAGAGAUGUCUAAAUAAACAGCUCACUUCCUCCAA